ACAAGAUCAGUCCACAGCCGCUGGUUGGGCCUGCUCACCUGCCACCUGCAGUGUCUGCGGUCUCCUGAUCUCUGCUACAAUGAAGUUCAACCUGGGCUGAGUCCAUGUCCCACUUAUCAAAAUGGAUCUACCAGGUUAUCACCUACAGCAGCACCAGCCUCUUGUUCACCACCCUGGUAACUAUCCAGAGGAUUUGAUCGAUUUGGAGGGAUCAUCAACAUCUCAGGAGCAAAAGCCAGAGGCAGAGAGUAGACUGGACUCAGAGGACAGCUGUCCUGUCUGUGGAGACAAAGUGUCAGGAUACCACUAUGGACUUCUUACCUGUGAGAGCUGCAAGGGCUUCUUUAAACGUUCAGUGCAAAACAACAAACAUUACACUUGUGCAGAGCAACAGAGGUGCCCCAUGAACCUUUCUCAGAGAAAACGUUGCCCAUUCUGCCGCUUCCAGAAGUGUUUAGCUGUGGGUAUGAAGAAAGAAGCGGUCAGAGCAGAUCGUAUGAGAGGAGGCAGGAACAAAUUUGGGCCCCUCUACCGCCGGGACAGACAAAUGAAACAGCAAAAGGUGUAUCACCAGUCAAACACUGAUCCCUACAGGAUUAAGGUAGAAACUGGACAAAUACAUGGUCCCCACGCUCUAAAUGACCUCCAGGUGGUAACCAGCUGCGUCAGUCAUCCAUUAACUUCUGAAGCUGUUAAUCAACCCCACAUGUAUACUUCUUGCAUGGGGCAGUCAAGUGAACCCAUGUCUCUGGACUGCACUGUGAACACUCCUCCAUCCCUGCCUUACCCUGGACUGUACCACUGCACUUUCCCUGGACACCCUGAGGAGAAGCUGGAAGUGCCUUUUGGCUACAGCCCAGUUCCUGUAAACUAUACAGUGCAUUCCACCCCAAACAGCUCAUUCACACCGAGAAGUACACUAGAAUCAUCACCCUGUUCAACAAAAAGCUUAACCACUCCUGUAUCCCAGGCUCCCACUCAAACACCAACCAGCCCUCUAUCAUCAGCGCUUACACCUAACUUCUUAAGCCAACUGUUGGAAGGGGAACAGGAUGAGAGCCAGCUGAAUGCCAAAGUUCUGGCCAGUCUUCAGAGAGAACAGGCCAACCGAGGCAAGCACGACCGUCUGAAUACAUUCAGCAUUAUGUGCAAAAUGGCUGACCAGACUCUGUUUUGCCUAGUGGAGUGGGCCAGAAACAGUUCCCUCUUUAAGGAGCUGAUGGUGGAAGACCAAAUGGUGCUGUUGCAGAGCUGUUGGAGUGAGCUGCUGGUACUAGAUCACUUAUGUAGACAAGUGACAUAUGGCAAAGAAGGCUGCAUAUAUCUGGUCACAGGACAACAGAUUGAGGUGUCAACCAUCAUUUCCCAGGCAGGAGUGACACUGAGUAGCCUGGUAUCAAGGACCCAGGACCUAGUAUCCAAACUUAAGGCACUCCACUUGGACAGACAUGAGUUUGUCUGUCUCAAAUACCUGGUGCUAUUUAACCCCGAUGUGAAGUCAGUGCAUAACCGCAGGCAGGUAGAGCAAACUCAAGAGCGAGUCAACAGGGCGCUGAUGGAGUACACUCAGCGAAAUCAUCCAGGACAUUGUGAUAAGUUUGGCCAGUUGCUUCUUCGGCUGCCUGAAGUUCGCAGCAUCAGCUUGCAAAUUGAGGACUAUUUGUACCAGCGCCAUCUUCAAGGAGAUUUGCCCUGUAACUCUCUACUUACAGAGAUGCUGCACACCAAGCACAGCUGAGAAGAUGAUAUCACUUGUGGUACCAGAGUGGCCACAGUAUGCUGCUGUAAAGUUGGUACGUUCUUUUCUGCCUUCUACAUCCACCUUUCCACUACUUGUUAUGAUUGUUCAAAGUAAGGGAAAAGCUAUCUAUCACAGAUCAUCAGUGCAAAGAAGUAUUUGCGUACCCAUGCAAUGCUUUGGCCAAGUCUACUGCCUGCAGUGUUACCACAGCCAAAUUGCUCAUCAGUUUCUUUAACAGUAUUCUUGAGAAAUGUGAGAACCAAGCACUAACGUGUUGCUUUUAGUAAUCAGGAAGAGCUUAACUGUCUAAAGAGGAAAGAA